GUGUUGCAUCACAGCUGAAAUCCACGAGAGGUUUUAUUUAGAAGUAAAUUUUAAUUUGUUGUUUCUCGAUAGUGUAUUACCGCAACAACUACAUUAAAAUGCCAUUCUGGUCGUCACUUCACUUUCCCGUAGUUAGGGCCGAUGAUGAGGAAGCUGAGCUUGUUGAUCCCCAGACUGCUCUAAGGGAGAAAUGCCAAACUAAGGGCCAUAUAGAAUCCUUGUAUAAUAAAUACCAAGAAUGUAACGAUCGUGUUAAUAGUCGCUCCAAGACAACUGAAAAUUGUAUGGAGGAGCUAUUCGACUAUGUUGCCGAAUUGGAUCACUGUGUGGCCCACAGCCUUUUCCCCAAACUCAAGUAGUUUAGAAUUAUAUUCGUAACACAUGUAAAAUACCGCAACGGUUUGAGUAAACAUUGAUUAGAAAU